AUGCGCCAGAAGAGAAAUAAAAGAAGUCUGCGACUAACAGCAGUGCUUGCCACUGCAAUCGUGCUGCCGUACGCAGUACAACGGACGCAUACCUGUCAACACGUGAACGUCCUAGAACACCGCUCUACCACCUGCACUCAAAGCAAUGGUACGGAAACAUGCACGGUCGCACUAAUGGAGGUGUUGAAAAUCAACACUCUUAAACAGCAAGCAUGUCUGAGGCUCGUAAGCAAUAAAACAUUGAUCGCUAAUGUUAAAAUACGUUGGAAAGGGCUAUACUUGCACUGUGACCGGGAGACCUUAUAUUUUACGCGCUCCACAAACCUGAAUGUGACAAGUAGCAAGCGUUGUCCACGCAUGGGUUCGUGUAGUGGAGACAAAUGCGCAAAGGUGAACAGUACCAGUAUCAUCCCCGAGCUCAAACGAGGGAAUCAUUUUCCUGGUAGGACUGGAUGCUAUGAGUCAUGCGGAGGAUUAGGUUGCGAUUGCUUCUAUCCAAGCUCGGGCUGCCUAUUCUACCGCGUAUUUGCUACACCAGUUGACACAAAAGUCUAUGAGAUCUUCCGAUGUAUGCGCUGGCGUGAACAAAUCAUGUUGGAAAUCAUUGUAGAAGGCACUCAUAUAAGAUCGGGCAAGGAAACGCAUAUAGUGCAAGUAAUACCUAAUGCUCCUAUAACUCUACCAUCUCUUCGCCUAACGAUGACUUCCCUAUCAAUGCCACCAACACCAGCGUUGAGUAGCACGUUCUUCACUGAUGGUGAGGACACUGCAGUAUGGACAGGGGCCAUCACUCCAAAUCUCAUUUGCGACUCUAGAGAAAAAGCGCAGCGCAUGAAUUGCACAGUAGUGGAUGACUGCAACUGCGCCCCGGCCGAGUCCACUGUUUCAUGUCACUGCACGUCAGCACAUAUUACUAGAGAAUUCGAUCAGCUUCAACAUAAACUCCCCAAAAAGACACCCUAUUGGGAACUUCGUUACCAGAACACAUCCCUGGUUGCAAAAAUACCCCAAAUGGUUUCGUCCGAAUUCAUAGUGGAAUUCCAUAAGACCUGGGACACAGCAAUCGUUCCAGGUGAGAGAGGACGAAUGUGCAGUGGAAAAUAG